AUGGCUCGAAGAAAGAACCCUUCCCCAUGCUCUGGGACCGACCAACGAUACGUUGACGCGCCCCUCCCAGUGCUGGAGCCGACGCGGCUUGAGCGUUUUUGUCGAAUAGUUACUCCACAGUAUGUGAGGCCCAUCAGUGGGUCACCGGUCGGCCCUUCGGAUGAUAUAGCAUCACUCGACCACAAUCACAAUGUUCCCUUCUCAGUUAUCGAACAUCCGGUUGAUUUUCUUCGGAACGGCGCUGGCAUUGCCCCUACAAGUUUUCAUCAUUGCCUCCAGAAAAAGCCUUUCAACUGCGGGUUAGUGCUAGGAGAAACUGCAGAAAAGGCGCCCCUACCAGCCUCUGAUACGUCCCGUUUUUCCUGCCCAACCUCACCGAGGUCGUCUCACGACUUGAUCCGUCCGUCCCCGCCUCGGCACGGGGAAGACGGAGAGCUUGCAAAAGAAAGGAAGCAUGACAAUACCUCAGCAUCUCCGGUUCAAACGCCUGCGUGCGAGACUGCAACCGGCUUCCCUAUUCCAUCCAGCGUCUCAAAGAAUUUUCCAACGUAUGAAGACAGGGCUCUAGCCGCUCUCGACGGUGUUCAUCUGCCUGUACAUGCGAGCCACCAUCAGUUACCCUUCAUGUCGUCUAUGCCGGCAACUCCAUCUUCGGUGCUUUUCGAGACAGCCCGAAGCAGUUCUAAACCCUCUCCGCCAGUCUCGUCCACUCGAGUCUGCCUCUCGCCACUGUGCACGAACGGAGAGGGAACUCAUGAGCCCUACUCCCACGAGGAAAUCAAAACUCAAGCAGGGUGUGUGGCGAGUGGAGCUCACUCCCUUAUUUCCAGUUCGCCGCCGCCAGCUCCUAACGCCGCAAAAUCCAAGGUCCCCGACACUUCAGCACGCGCCUCCAAUUUGCCCCCCCAUUCUUCCAGCAUCGAGGCAGCGAAAGAGGAGCAUCGGAAGCCGAUGCACCAAGAGAAGGAUAGAAUUGAUCUACCGUCUGAAAGUGAAAGUGGAUUGGAAUAUGGCAGGUUUGUGUCGAGUACGGAAAACAAGCAGGACUCAACGACCCGGAUCGACAAUGCCAAAGAACGUACCAACGCAGUAGGGUUGGAAGCGUUACAGGGAGUGUCAUCCGGAAUUCACUCAGUUACCAGCACCGCAUGUGUUCAGGUGCGCUGCCGGGACUCACACUAUGCUUUGAAUAUUAGGCCGUCGGAAAGCUUUCCUGGGGUGGACGUCGCAGCCGGCUGUGUGAAUUCUCAUGGCACGUCCAAAAAAGAAGUUGAAAAGGAGCCGUUUGCUUCGCCGUCCCAACCAACCAGCAUCUGCGUGAAAGGCGAUAUAUCAUCACCCUCAUCGUUGCCACUCCCCGCGGAAGGAAGCAGCGCAAAAUGCUGCGAAAUGUCUCCGAGUCCUCAAGGCCACCAAGAUAUAGCCGUGAGAAUAGAGUGCUCGCCUGAAUCCUGCUCGGCCGAAAACGCAUGCCUUCUCGGCGAAAAAGUUCCUCCUGCUCAGCGCAUCUAUUCGAGGAAGAAUGAGCAUCUCCCGCAUGUGGAGGAAGUAGUGAACCAACUGGUCGUUUCAUCACCGUCCAGAACGAGUUUUUCCGGUCUUUCCUUUCACCGAAACGUUUUUGCCUCGAUAUCACAACAGGUUGAACAGCAUCAAGUCCUACUCGCGGCAAAGCAGCACGAUAGCGUGGGUGGAAGGACGGCCCACCAGGCAAGAACGACGGCCAACCUGAAAACAAUUCACCUCCACGCGGUGCCUGCGUUUCAGCCAGAGAUGAGCAAUCAGUCUGGCGAGGGAGAGCAGCGUGAUACAUUGCCAGAUCAUCAGCAGCAAAGGACUCCGCAUCGCAGUCCAGCGGAUGUCGACGGGAAGCCCCGAUCACCUGGCUCAACUCAUCCAGGUGCUAGUGGUUUGCUGGAGCAGAGCCAGGCAGGGUGCGAAAUGCCUAGUACAUCGGAUGAUUCUGGAGGCAUCAAAGAGGCGAGAAUACCCACUUUCGUCACGGCUAUGUUGCCGACUGGCAUUCCCACUAGAGUGCAGCGGGAACCGACCGUUGGUUGUCCCCCUGAAGAUGUCAAAAGCAGUGUCGCUGUUCAACUAGAAAGGAAAGAAGCGUACUCCCUUUCGCGGACGUCAGCAGUGUCACAUCUGCCGAGGCAACGUGUCCCGAACCCUGACACAGCAUUCUGCAACUUCAAAGAAAAAACGUGUAUUUCUUAUACUUUGGAUCCCCUUGUCGCGCUGUCACCGGCGUCGGACUCUCAUCCGACACCCCUGUCCAAUAAAUCUGCAAAUUCUCCGGCGUCUACGAACGCUUGCGUCUCCUUGAUUCAGUCCAGUUCCUCCUCGAUACCUGAGCCAAUGCCUUCGUCACUGAGCUCCCCGUUGCAGCCUCUGGAGUUGCCGUUGGCAUCCCGACCCAAAAAUUCCGCCGCAUGCUGGCCAUCACGUGACUCAGAGUCUGCAUCGUGUGACUUCCCGGGGUCGGGAGAGGUGUCGCGGCUGUGCUCAUCGGGAAAGAUGCCUGAAAUUGCGUCACCAAAUCGUGCUGCCUCGGGAACCGCUCAGCGCCAAAUUUGUGAAGAUCAGAGGGAUGUUGGCCUUCAUGUUGCCAGCACCCCUGUAGACCAUGAUGCGAAGACACGGUGUCGACCGGGAACGUCCCUUACUGACUGGCUGUCCCGGCUACCUGUUUCAGAAGCAGACGCUAAGCGGAUAGCAGUAAGCGUGGGUGACUUUAUAGAACGGAAGGCUUCACGGCAACGCGCAGGAUCCCUUCCGUCGGAUACGCCGCCGGACCAGUGUGGCACUCUUGAGGCUGUUCCGGACAGCGGGGAAGAUGGACAAGCGAAUUGUAGUCUGACUGAAGAAGACCUGGACCUGCAUCUGGUGGCAGGUGAUGUAUCUAGACAACGGUGGAUCAAUCACUUCCCCGUUUCAAAGAGUGAAGGGAAGGAGUCGCAGAAGCAAAAAGACAGCAUGGUCGAGUUGGUCACCGAUGCUGUGUCAAUCUUCUGCACGAUGAACGGUGUUUGUUACUGGCAAGGUAGGCAAAGAGGGCCGGGGAUACGUGGGAACUACUGA